AGACAUCGCAUAGUUAAUUUUAUUUUAAGUUCUCGGACAUUCGGCGUACAAUUUUACUGUCGCACGGCACAUUUGCGAAUGAACUAUCAGUUGAGAUGCUAUAUAUUCUAUAGCAAGCAUUUAUUCUUGGACCACUUGUAGAAAUUAGGGACUGACAAACGGAAUGUCGUCAAAACCACGCGUGUAACAGAGCGUCGAUUGGAGGUUGUCAUCGUCAAAUUAGAUUGAACUUCGACAAUAGCUCAACCAAUCAACCAUACCGUUCAAUGGAUGUUAGAUGUAGAAAGAUUGGUACUGCCAAACAUUUAUUUUGUGUUCAGCAUCUUAAAAAAUCGUCAUGGACCCGAUAUGAAGUGGGGAUUGCCGUCUCCCAAUAGGCAAUUCAUGCCAAGUGAACAUGUUUACGAGGCAUUUACUUCCCAAAGGCAAUUUCUUCGACUCAGGGCAAGUUACACUAUUGAACUACGGUCUACAAUGAAGUUAUGGGAUGUCCUUGCCACCUGUUUCGUUCUCUUGAGUAUCGUUCAAACGAGCCCUCUACUCCACCCACAGUCCACGAAAACAACACAUGGGUGGGAGAAUAUUGCGCCAAUACAUCUUGCUACAUCUUCUGAGUCUCCUACAAAAAUGAUUUCAGAAACAGACAAAAGUGAAGAACUGUCUUUAGAAGAAUAUAACAUGGAAGAGCUUCGCCCAGAGCAGUUUGAGGACGUGAUGGAUUUCAUUAAAGUCACCAUAAGUAGACUCAGGGGCCCCUCACACCUGGACAGGGGCUCCAGGAUACGAAGGAAACGGGAGAGGAGGAAUGGAGGGAGGGGUGCAGAGAACACCAGGAACCGUGGAAAGGUGUCUGGGAGCAGAGUGGGAAGAAGGAAAGGGGGCAGAGAACAGGACUGUGUGCUCAAGCAGAUCCACCUGAAUGUGACCGACCUCGGCUUAGGCUACCAAACGCGCGAGGAGCUGAUCUUUCGCUACUGCAGCGGGCCUUGCAAGAUCUCAGAGACGAACUACGAUAAGAUCCUGAACAACCUCACCCAAAAUAAGAGGCUCCUGGCGGAAAUUCCGCCCCACGCUUGCUGUCGACCGGUUGCCUUUGACGAUGACCUGUCCUUCCUGGACGAUCACUUGAUGUAUCAUACGAUGAAGAAGCACUCUGCCCGACGGUGUGCUUGUGUCUGACCUCUGACCUUCUGUGUCGCGGAGGUCAAUAGUUGUGAAACCGACUCAAUCCAGUGGCAGGGUACGGCUUGGAUAAAGCUAAGGGACAUUUAUGACGCGAAUCAUGGACCCAGUGAAGGCACAACUAAAUGGUGCUAACCAUAUUCCAUCACUAAUUGGUGACAUCAGAGUCCUACUGAAACUGUAUGGGUGGUUUUAGAAGCUGACAAUGGACUAUUAACAUGCAUAGCAGAUACUGAAGUA